AUGAACGAACCUUCAAUAAUGAACCCUUUAAAAAAACAGCGAGGUAGACCACCAACAACGGUCGCAAGUAAAAUUCGUUCGAUUUUUUCACUUCGCCCCAUUGAACAGACUUACUUUCGAGAUUUUUCAGAAACUUUUAUUCCACAAAAAAAUUUUCCUGACAUUUGGGCUUCACGAGGUACUAACGGCGAAAACAGUGCGAAAAAUACUACUCCAGGUUUAAGCAAAGAGCAAUUUAAUGAACCGAAUGUACCACUUCGUUUAAAGUUAGUCGUACGUGAUGGGACUGAGGAAAAAUCCAAUAUGGUUUCAGUGAAGCCACCAAGAAAAAAGAAACCUAUUCCAAUGGAUCACAAAGAAGAAUUGAACCUUUUAUUAAAGUUAGAAAAUAUCGAGAAGCCUAUGUCACUAAAAGCAUGUAGAUUAAAAAGAAAAUUACAUCUAAGAAGACUAAAGCGAAGAUUAGGUUUAAAAAUAUUUGACAUUGACGCAACUGUUUCUGAUCAAAUGAGAUCCACGUCUGCAUUAGAAUUGAUGACAACAGCGGAGGAAGAUCUUCAUGAACUAAAGAAAAAUGAAGUUAAAAAUUUUGAAGUUAAUAAAUCAUCUGACAUUGAACUUUUAGACCAGAUUGCUAAAAUCACGCAUACUCCAUACAAUAAUUCAUUCGCAUCAAGACUGUAUGGCAAUCCUCGUUUGGCUACUACUCUUACUGUUGGUGAGCCUUGGACUAGUCCUUUUCGUAGAAAGCUAAGGCCAUAUAUCCGUAGGGAUUAUGAAACCAAGCCACCAAAACUACGUUUAUUACAAGAAAUUGUCAAAUAUGCUUAUCGUAAUGAACCAGAUUGGCUGCCACCACCUUCUAGUCCUAUUGAUUUUUGUUAUUUCCAAAAGGAACAUUUGAGUCAGGUCAAUGAUUUGCUGCAAAGAUGUUUUUGGCCAAGCAUUGAUGGUAAUCUCCUUUUCCCAGAUUUUAGUGUUGUAGCUAUGUACAGGCGAUUGGUGAUUGGAUGUGGGUUUAUGACACCGGAAGCUUAUAUCACGUAUAUUGCUGUUGCACCUGGAUGGGAAAAAUCAGGAAUAGGACAGUAA